AAGUUAAUAUUUUUGUAUUAUUAAAUUAACAAUUUGAAUUUCUUUUUGUACUACCAAUAAAAUGGUUGUCAAACAAGUUAGUUUAACUUGAUUUUCUUCCUUUGUUUUCGUAAAUAAUUUAGUAUCUAAAAGAAAUAAGAGGUGAGUUACCAUAGUUGCCCCAAAUCCGCUCUCUCUCUUCACUAUAUAUGCAUUUUGUGCAUAUUCUCAUACAAUUAAACUCCUUCAGGUUCGCUUGGUGCUUCAUUGCCCCAUGCCUACCAAACAAUGUUCCGAGUUGGUAACCUGAGAAAGUGAGCUCUUGCUUGGUGCUUCUGAGAGUAUCUGGCCAUUUUACUCUGAACUUCAGAGGGUUUCUCCAGAAGCUUGUCGUUUUGCAAGAAUCAGGAGGUUGAAGGAUAUUGAUGGGGGGUGGUGGAGGCGUUCUUGAUCAGUUUCUUACAAUGAGAAACAUUUUUCUUUUAUCUGCAUCUGCACAACUUCAUUCCAUAGGCACAGUGAAAUUUGACUGCUUAACAUGGAUGUUCCAUCGCAGAAGGCUAAUAAUUAUGCCUUCUGUUUAGAGUCUAAGUUAUUCAACAAUGACGGCCAGCUAAAGGAUGGAGGCUUCACUAUUCCUUGUCAGCGCCCCAUUAGCUACCAGCCAGGUUGCAGUGCAAGUAUCUCCAUGGCUGAUAGUGUUUCAUUUCAGUCAAUAUUGUUUCCCAAGAAGGUUUCUUUUCUGCAGAAUGAAUCGAAUGCAAAGAAACGUGAGUUCUUUGCCCAGAAAGGCCUACGAACUUCCCCAGGUGAUGUGGCAGGGGAUAACAAGAGAAUGAAGGUCAAUGCCUUGGAACAGGGCCUGCGUUAUUUAAACCAACAAGAACCAUCAGGAAUCCAUGAUAGCAGAUUGCAGGAACCAGCAAGGAAAAGCCAAAGGCUUAGCGACAAAAUUACUGCCCUUCAAAAGCUGGUUUCCCCUUACGGCAAGACUGAUACUGCAUCUGUUCUUCAAGAAGCCUGUCUUUAUAUCAAGCUCGUUCAAGAACAUAUCCAGGUACAAUUCUUGGCAAAUUCUCUCAUUUUAUGCCAUGAUCUUUCCCAUUGUUGCCAUAUUUUGGGUUGUUCCUUCUCUUUUUUGGAUUAUCAUUAUACUACAGGAAUGAUGAUGAACAUUGAUGGAUUCAACAAGAAACAUAUGAUAAAAUUUUGAAGUUUAUUGCUUAAAUAUUCUUGUUUGUUAAAUAUGGUGGUUUGAAGCUUGAAAUAUGUAAACUUUUUUUCUGGGUUUG